AUGGAGGGGGGUGAGGGCUCUCGCGUGGAGAGCUCUGCAGGUCCAGACGUCGGCACCGGCCUGCCCCUGCAGCUCGACGCGCCCUCCCUGCUCUCCCAGCCGUCCUUCAUCCUCGCCGCCAGCGCCGGCACUAGCGCCAGCUACGGCAUGGUCCCCACUCCGCCCUCCUACCACAAGCCGCUGGUUCCCCACCACCCCGUCGCCGCCAGCUCCCCCGCGAGCGCAGCCACCCCCAGGGAAGACCCGACGCCCUCCACCUCCGCCAGCCGCCCCUCGGCGCUUGCCGCCUUCCACAUGAGGAUCGCACCUGCCCCCUCAAAGCAGCCUGGCCAAAGCGGGGCUGCGCCCGAGGCCUCUGAUGGCCCGGCACCCGCUGGACGGCACGGCAGCGGCGUUGGCCUCGCCCUCUUCGGCGUAGGGCUUGUUAAUAAAGCCUUGUUUCAAAGCCUGAUGGAGGAAAACGGCUGCUGCUUGCUUUACGUCGUGGAGGAUCAGCUGGAGGAGGUGGAGCGUGCCUUCGGCGCCGAGUUCCUGGCUGGCACCAGGGUGCUGCGGCAGCAGGACGCCGAUGUCGCACUCAGCGAUCAGCGAGUCUCUGGAGCCAUUAUUUGUUCACCACCUGAAGAAGCCUCCGAGAUGGUAAUAGAUGCUUUACGAGCAGGAAAAGGUGUAUUUUGCGAGAGGCUGCCCAGUUUUGACAGGCAGACGGCAGAAGCUUGUUUUGAUGAAGCUGACAGAUGUGGAAGACCAUUGGUGUGUGGAUUCUACAAGCGCUUUGACCCGGCGCUGCAGUUCUUGUACAAGAAAGUCCGCGACAGCCAGGCGCUGGGGAGGAUCCACCGGAUAUCGACGAUUAGCAGCACGUAUCCAGCAGCGUCUCUGAGCUUCCUAAAAACAUCAGGUGGAAUUUUUUAUAAUGCUGCCGUGCACGAUAUAGAUAUUAUCAGUUUGUUGUUGGGAGAGAGUGCACCAGAUACAAUUUUUUCACUGGGGCAUGCAUUCUGUGCAGAUAUGGCCUACUUGAAGGAUGCAGACACUGUAGCGGUCAGCAUGAAAUUUCCUAGCGGAGCAAUUGUUACUUUGGACAUCAGUCAGCACUGCACUAAAAGCUGUGAUCAGAGACUAGAGGUUCAUGGUUCUCAAGGAACGUUACGGGUAGAUAAUCAGAAUCCCCUGGGCAUUACGGAGCAUGGGACUUCGGUAUCCAUAUAUUCACAGACCCAAGCCGAUCGCUACAGAGAUGCGCACAGGGAGCUCUUUCGACACUUUCUGAGAACCCUGAAAGGCAAGGAAUCCCCCGUGAUAACCAAAGAGCAGUUUCUCUGGACGAUUCAGGUCGCUGCAGCUGCUGAACAGUCCUGGAGAAACGGAUCCGCUGUUGACUUGCGCAACGAAGCAAUAGAUUCGUCCGUAAUCAAGACUGAGAUAAUGUGACACACGCUGCUGUUUUCUGAGGUGAAGGAUAACUGUUAAGCUGCGCUACAGCGAGGUCUUUCCACCUAGUGAUGUCUCCGCUGUAACCUUAAAACGAGACCUGCGGUUUUGAUGUUUCCGCCGGGAGAGCCUGGAAGACGGAGGCACUUUUGAACCAGAAGCGCUCGGUGCUGAGGCUGUGGAUGUUUCUUAGCGCGUCAGCCAGAGCCCUCGAGAAAUUCUGGGCAGUUUUAUCCAGGUGGCUUUUCCUCCUGGAGAGCUCUGCUGGCUGUGGAGCUCUGUUUUCCUGGGAGAAGACGGAUGCUCCUCGGGCCGUGGUAAGGUGGUGUAGACCGCCACCAGCCGUGAUGGGAACGGUGCAAGUGGGCGGCUUUCCUGGCGGCUUCGCAAGCGAGGUGAUGUAAUGCUCAAAAAAAAUACGGGAGCAUCCGUCUGGUCCAUGCUCAUUUCCCUUCAGUGUAUGCAGGAAUGUGACUUCUGUGCUGAACUCGCCUCUGGACCUCCUAUUUAUUGUUUUGUUUGUUGUUUUUACUGGGUUUUCUAAGUCUUUUUGAAAAGAAGUUAUGAUCUAAUUUUCUUGGGGGGGUGGGAAAAGGAAAUUAAAAAGCAGGGAGGGAGACCUCUGACCGUCCUGAUGUUGGAGAGAUGAGACACUUCCUAGUAAGGCCAUAAAUUAAGGCUAUUCCGUAGAGGAGCGACGCACUUGGGCAUUUCGGUAAUAAGCACUGCGUUGUUAAAGGGCUUUUUCAGAACGCAAUCUGUGAAUUUGUACAGGGGCCCUGUACCACAUCGGUUACCGAGACAUGCGGCUGCUGGGUGGGUUAUUCAGCACCCAGCGUUGUCUGGAUUACUCGCUGCAGCAGCAAGGUAGCUGUCUGGAGGCUGUUGUUUUCCUUGUUUAAAUGCAAAUGUUGCAUGUUAACAUUUUAGUAGCAAAAUUGAACUAAUAAUCAUAUUCUUUGAGGGUAGGAAGGGCAUCUGAUUGCGUAUUUUAAAGGUGUUUUUUUUACAGUCCAGCAGAUUUGGAAUACACACCACAGAAAAAGAUAGUGCCUUCAACAACAGGCAAGUCUGCUUUUAAACCAGGUUCUUUGUACCUUUUUAUUCUUGCGUUGAGCUUAUUGCAGAUGUAUAGAUUUUACUAUUCUUGUCUAUUUCUCACAUGCCAAUUUUCAAGAUCUUUUGAAAGCUUUUUUUAUUGCAUUAAAAUAACGUUCUUGCCUUGAGUGUUAGUUUAUAAAUGACACUUCUUGCAAGAUUCUUUAGUUCAAUCGAUUUCCAAUUCCUGCGUAUGGAAUAUGUGUUACUAAAACUAGAAAUAGUGGUGACAUUCAUAGCUAAAGACAAUUCUCUCGUGGAAAUUGUUUUUAACGGUGUAAUUUUUCAAAUUCAGAAAAGCUGUGUCUUAGCGAUAAAGAUUGCUAUCAGUUUC